AAAUUCAGAACUAAGGAGAAUGUAGAAGAUGGACCUGCAGCUUAAAGGAACAGCAUCUCUGGUGUUCAGCUGAAGCUCCUCCACGAUGGAGUCUCAUCUCUCCACAUCUGGAGGAGAACCCCCUGUCCCACAACUACAGACAUCCACAGCAGAACCUUCAGAACCAGGCAGUGUGUCUGUGCAGAGCAACAUGUCAAUGUCAAAUCCUUAUAACUUCAGUAAAGAAGAAGAUCCUUCAGAGUCUAGCUGUGUGUCUAUAAAGAGUAACAAGUCACUGGUCAAUCCUUAUGACUUCAGUAAAAAAGAAGAUCCUCCAGAGUCUAGCUGUGUGUCUAUGAAGAGUAACAAGUCACUGGUCAAUCCUUAUGACUUCAGUAAAGAAGAAGAUCCUCCAGAGUCUAGCUGUGUGUCUAUGAAGAGGAACAAGUCACUGGUCAAUCCUUAUGACUUCAGUAAAGAAGAAGAUCCUCCAGAGUCUAGCUGUGUGUCUAUGAAGAGUAACAAGUCACUGGUCAAUCCUUAUGACUUCAGUAAAGAAGAAGAUCCUCCAGAGUCUAGCUGUGUGUCUAUGAAGAGUAACAAGUCACUGGUCAAUCCUUAUGACUUCAGUAAAGAAGAAGAUCCUCCAGAGUCUAGCUGUGUGUCUAUGAAGAGUAACAAGUCACUGGUCAAUCCUUGUAACUUCAGAAAUAAAGAGCCCAGCUGUGUGUUUGUGAAGAGCGACAACGCAGUUUUUGAACCUCCUGACUUGAGUACUGGAGAACCUGGUAUUAAUCCAAGGGGGAGGAGUGGUCUGAUCCAGGAUCAGUACAGUUGUGGAGUGUGUGAGCAGCUUCUGACAGAUCCAGUCUCGAUCACCUGUGAACACAGUUUCUGCAGACGGUGUAUCAACAGCUUCUGGAACAGAACUGCUCUGUCAGGAGACUUUAUCUGUCCCUGUUGCAGAAAGAGAUCUAGAACACGUCCUGCUCUACAUCCACACAUAGAGGAGUCUAUAAAUCAGGAUUCCUACCAACCAGUGGAUGAUGUUCUGCAGAGAAUAUUACAGAAACACAAAACCAGCAUGAAGAACAAAUACGAGAGCUUAUAUGAAGUAAUCAAAACACCACAGAAUAGAACCCUCCUGAACAGGAUUUACACUCAGCUCUACAUCAUAGAGGGAGAGAGUGAAGGAGUGAAUGAAGAACAUGAGGUUCUACAGAUGGAGAGAAAAAAAGGAGAUACUUACAGAACACUCCAAUUAACUGCUCAGAUAUUUUUAAACCUGUAGAAGAUCCU